UAAAAACAUCUCAUUCAAUCAAAAUUGUUCAUCUCUGUUAUUAGAUUGUUUGUGAUGGAACCUUGCAGAAUGAUAUUUAAUUUGAGAGUUUUAUCAAGAAGAAGAAUUAGAAAUGAAGUAGAAGAAAUUCUAUACUUUGAAAGCUUCCAUGUCUUCAUGACAGAGGUGUCAUUAAUGUUAUGAUUCAGAUUGUUGUCUGUGAAAAUCGCUUCAUCACCUGAAAAAAAUAUGAUUGUAUGCGAGAUAAACAGAAUAUUUUUCCCCGAAUCCAAGCUCAACUACGUAUCCAUAAUGAACGGUACCAACGGACAUUCAAACGGAGAAUUUAAUGGUUGUGGUGACAUCAUCACCCAAAACCAACAGAAGGGAUGCUGGACGAUUGGUCUGAUAAACUCAAAGUUUCGCUACCUGACAGCUGAAACUUUCGGUUUCAAGAUCAACGCCAACGGCACCUCUUUGAAGAAGAAGCAGAUAUGGACCCUGGAACCAGAACCUACCAGUAAUGGUGAAAGCAUGAUCUACUUGAGGUCCCACCUGGACAAAUACCUUGCAGUCGAUUCCUUUGGCAACGUGACCUGCGAGAGCGAGGAGAAGGAACCAGGUAGCAAGUUCCAGAUCACGGUCGCUGAAGAUGGUACCGGUAGAUGGGCCCUGAGGAACGUAGUUCGCGGUUACUUCCUGGGGGCCUCCUCAGACAAGUUGACGUGCACUGCCAAAGUUCCUGGAGAGAGCGAAUUCUGGCAUGUCCACCUAGCGGCAAGACCUCAGAUGAACUUGAGAUCCGUUGGAAGGAAACGAUUCGCUCACCUCUCAGAAAACCUCGACGAAAUCCACGUCGACGCCAACAUCCCCUGGGGAGAGGAUACCCUCUUCACCCUGGAAUUUAGGUUAGAGGAAUCCGGCAAAUACGCCAUCCACACGUGCAAUAACAAGUACCUCUCACUUUCUGGUAAACUGAUAGACUCUUGCACCCAAGACUGCCUUUUCUCUGCCGAAUACCACAGCGGACAACUAGCCCUUAGGGAUAGAACCGGUGCCUAUUUGAGCCCUAUUGGCUCCAAAGCCGUCCUAAAGACCCGCUCUAACACCGUCACCAAAGACGAACUCUUCAGCCUUGAGGACUCACUGCCACAGGCCAGCUUUGUAGCUGCUCUCAACGCCCGCUUCGUAUCAGUUAAACAGGGUGUCGAUGUCACCGCCAACCAAGAUGAAAUAUCCGACCAUGAAACCUUCCAACUGGAGUUCGAUUGGACCACGAAGAGAUGGUACAUCAGAACCAUGCAGGACAAGUAUUGGACCCUUGAAGCUGGUGGUGGAAUUCAAGCUGCUGGCGACAAAAGGUCUUCAAACGCCCUCUUCGACCUUGCCUGGCAAGGUGAUGGGUCUGUGGCCUUCAGGGCCAACAAUGGCAGAUAUGUCAUCACCAAAAGGUCAGGACAUCUCUACGCCACUUCAGAUGUGGUGGACGACAACUGCAAGUACUUCUUCUACCUAGUCAACAGACCCAUUCUUGUACUUAAGUGUGAGCAAGGCUUCGUUGGUUACAAGUCUGCCAGCAACCCCAAGUUGGAAUGCAACAAGGCCACAUAUGAGACCAUUCAGGUCGAGAGAGCAGAGAAGGGAGUUAUCUACUUCAAGGGACAAAACAACAAAUAUUGGCACGCUGACAGCGAAGGUGUUGUCGCAGAUUCUGACACACCAGAAGGCUUCUACUUGGAACUUCGCGAACCAACCAGACUAGCUAUAAAGAACACCAGCGGAAGUUACUUAACCGCCAGCAAAAACGGUUGUUUCCGCCUAGGAGAUACCUCAAUCGAAAAUUCAACAAUGUGGGAAUAUUAGGUACUCUCUCUUUAAUUAUUAAGUUUUUUAUUAUUGUGCAUUUAUAGAUUUUUGAUAUAUUGAAGAUUGAAUUGUGAAUUAUAUUUAUUUAAAUGUAUUUAUUUAUUGCAACUCUUCGAUUUUGUGAUUGUUUUCGAUAUUUCACUCGCAGCAGGUUCGAAUUGUUCAUUUCCAUAUAUAGUUGGUGUAAUUUUUUUUUUGUAGUAAUUAUCGAUAUACUGAACGCUCAUUGUAUUAUAGAUAGAUGAUAUCUGGUAUUGUUAUGAAUGGUUGCAUUACCUUCAAGGGUAUGAAAGUGUAUGUAAACUGCCAAAAAACUGAACCCGAGCAUAUUUUCUAUAAUUUUUACAACCUAACCAAAUAUUCGAAAUUUAAUAUUAAGCCUCUUAUACAUUAUACUUAUAUAUUUUACAAGUAUAUACAUAUAUUUGUAUUUUAGCUAUUAAGCAAGGGAUGCGAUUGGCUGCAAUCGAUGUUUUUUCUACUGUUACUGGAAGGCGAAUGGAUUUUUUCUCAUCGCCUAUAUAUUUAGUGUAUCGGAAUGUUAUAUUCUGGCAUUCCAUUUUGAAUGUAAAUAUUCCUGGACAGUAACUAGUAUUUCGACAGUUUUGUUAGUUUUAUAAUCAUAUAUAGGCCAGAUGUAAUGCAUUUACAAGUACUUAUGGAAAUUGGAAAACAUGUCUGUAUUUUCUGAAUUUUCGAUCACAUAUCCCCUAUCCAGUUGUUGGCAUAGUUUUUCAUUUUUAUAUGGAUUAGCUAUUACUGAUCAAAGUUAUUUAUUGCUAUAUUAUUUCCUAUGUGUAGCUUUGUGAAUAAAAAGACGAUAAAA